AUGAGUUGUAUAGGAGCCAUUAUUUUCCCUCACCACCAAACAACAACUUAUAGAACAACAUUAAAUGUUCCUCCAAAAUACAGCAAUACUUUAAUUAAUAAACAGACAAAAGGAAUACUUGGAAUAAAUUCACUUUUGGGUAGAAGAAGACUAAAAAAUAACAAUGUAAGGGAAAGAAGAUCAACGGAAGCUGAUAUUUUUGGAAAUAAAAAUUCUUUAUCUUCCGCUUUAAUUGAAAUUGGGGCAAAAAAGAGUUUUUAA